AUGAGAGCCAUUGUUUUGCUGUGUUUGCUGGGGGCAGCUUUGGCCCUGGACAGCCGUUACACAUGGGAGGGACCCGGGGGCACGGCUGACCCCCGUGACAGAGACACCAACACAGAAAACGUGUGCCUGACGGACAAGAUGUCAUGCGGUUGCUGUCUGAUGCAGCAGCAGAUGCACAGAAUGGAGAUGUUCUUCAACAUGAGCCUCAAUGAGUUGAUGAACAGUUUGGAUAAAACACAGAAUGUCCUCAACAAUGUCAGAGCCAGCCGCAGUGCCUUCUCUGUGGCUCUGACCGACAAGCGCUGGUGCCUGGGCCCCUUCCGUGACGAAACCGACGUAGUCUUCAAGCAUGUGUUCAUCAACCUCGGGGACAACUACAACAAAGACACCGGCGUCUUCACCGUUCCCCGCUCAGGUGUCUACAGCCUCGCACUAACUAUCUACAGUGACUCUGGCUCUCCCGGUAACAGCCUUGACGCGUGUGCCAGUAUCAUGGUCAACAACAAGCUGGUGGUCGGGCCCCGCGACAGAAACCAGCAGGACCAGGAGGACAGUGCCACCACUGUUGUGGCCCUCCAGCUGCAGGCUGGGGACCGAGUGCACGUCAUCCUGCCGACAGGUUGCUUCUUGUGUGACAGCAACAGCCACUUCAACACCUUCACCGGCUUCCUGCUCUACUCCACUGAUUAA